UCCUAAUCUUAAUCUGGAGCAAAUAAACAAUGUCGUCAAUUUAAAGAGUCUUGUAGAAGAUAUCCACAGUGUGGAUAUUUCAAGAUUCGAAGUACCAUUGGCUCCGCUUGAUUUGUUCUUGGUCCUGAAAGAGAUAUAUGAAAAUGAAUUG